AAACACUUGUCUUCUUGCUGCGUAAUUUGUAGAUAAGAUAUGCUAAUAUUGCAAAAUACAGAUUCGUUUGAUGUGUAAUAUUCAAUACGUAAUAUUUAAUAGACGUCUUUAUAAAAAUGCUAGAUAAUUUUGUGUCCAUUGGAUUAAUAGAUAGAUUUAUUCUGCGUAAUUGUUAAUAUUUAUGGCAAGACAAAGAUGGCUAUGACAUAAAGAAGCAAGAGGAAGUGCUUCAAGAGUCCCUUAUGAUGGUACCAGACUGUCAAAGGCGUCUUGUUAAGGCAUUUGAAGAACUCAAGAAGAUCCUGGACACCGAGCAAGAUUUAAAGGAAAUUGAAGACUAUAUCGAGGCUGAGAAAGUGCUGCAGGAAGCAGAGGAACAAUUGCCAAAGGAAGGGGACAUCUUGCAGAUGUGUUAAAAAAAAAGUGCUCGCCGAUAACUUUCGCUAAAUUAUUUUUUUAAUAUUAUCUAACAUAUUUUUUUUUCUUACCUUUACUAACCUUUUACGAUUGAUUAAUUUUACACUUACUAUUAUAGUAAGUAUAGAAACUAUUAGUCUAAGCCUUUUUUUGUUAUCGUUCUCACUUGGAUGCACAUAUAUUAAACAAAUAUGUACAGUGAUCAGUCUUUCCAGCAAAAUGCUGGACAAACGUAUGACAAUGUGCAUUUUAACAUGUAUUAUCCGAUAACUCAGCAACCAUUCGCAUAUGACGUGAAUUAUGGUGGAAAUACAUAUUAUAAUGUUUAUCCAAGCCAUGUAACAUGUGAUAACACUACUGUUAAUAAUGCGACGUCAAUCGAUAGAAUAAGAACGAGACAGCAAGAUGAAAAGGCCAUUGAACAGUUCCUCCAAGAGGCAGAAUGGGUGGUUCCUGCCAAAAGCAAACAGAAAGAGCCGUCUAAGAUCGCGGCCGUUAAGAAUGCAUUGAUAUCAGUGGCCAAGUUGAACGAACAACUUGAGGCUGUUUACGCGGAACUCAGGAACAACGUUAAUUUACCAGAAGCGCAAUGGCAAGAGAAGGUCAGUGCCUGUAACGCUGCAAAAUACGAAAUCUGCGAAAUAUUAAAACCCAUAAAAGAUGAGGGUUUUUUGAAUAAAAUUAAGAACAAUUUAGAGAAACGCAAGAAAAAGCGUACGAGACAGCGGCUUAGAAGAAUGGAAUGGAAAAAGGAAAAGUUAAUGAAAGAAGAACGAAAAGCAAAAUUACAUGAAGAGGCUGACGCGUGGAUCCGAAAGGAGCAAGAGCAAGCAGUGAUCGAGCGGGAAAAACAAGAUGAAAACUUGCGCAAAGACGCGGAUAUGGUUUUAUCCGAUGUUCGAAGCAAGAGGAACGAUACACGGAAGUAUCUAGGGAUUUUGCAAGAACUACAGAACUUACGAAGAAUCAAGAUGAAUAUCGCUCGAGCAAGGGGCGAGAAAUUGUCCUCAGCAGUUGAAGAAGCAUUCAAUGAUACCAUCGCUAAAUUGACAGAACAGUGGACUACUUUGGAUCGUGAUUAUGCAACAGAAGAACAGGAAUUAAAAUUAAUGCUAAAAACGGACAAUGAAAAAAGGAUCGAAAAACAAACGAAAAAUUUCUUUGAUGAUUGGGAGAAUGUACUAUUUGGGACAAAUAUAUUGGCUGCUGAACAAUCUUAUAAAGAUGUGGAUGGUUUUGUUAUGAUUCGUGCUGCCUGGGAUAAAUUCAUCAGUUCGGAAAAUGAUGCAACAACGAUUCCAAUUGGAUGGAUAGUGCCUGAAAAACCAUCUUCUGCUGCUUGGCAAAAAUGUCUCAAUAAGGAGACUUCUCGAAAUUGAAAUAACGUGUUAAUUUAAGUUUACUUCAAAAAUAAAGAACAAUUUGCUAGAAUAUUUUUAAUUAAGUCGCGCAAUGUAUACAUUACGAUAAAGUUUUUCACUAUACUUUUGCAAAAAUUGUCAUAUGUACGAAAGAAAUAUUAUUUUAAUUGAAGAACUCAAUUUGUUAUUCUUCACUUAUUCAUUGAGAUAAAAGUAUGGCUUGUUUACUUCAAGAAAUUUAAUAUUAAUGUAAUGUAAAAUUAUGUACAAAGAAUUAUUUUACAAUUG